UCAUAGAUACCGCGUUAAUACAAAUAAACCUCCGUAUUUUUCAUUCUUCCUUCCUUUCUUUUGAAGUUCGUGGAAUAUGCUAGUGGUCGAUCCAAUUGUUGAAUCCCAGUAGUGGAACCAUCCACAAGAUCUUCAGCAAAAUCAUACCAACUUUUUUAAUUUCAAGAACAGUUCCUUUUGACAAAAUCUGUUGCUUAUACUUCAAAAUUAGUUCUCGCCGUCAAAAACCCACUUCUCCAAUCGAUCCAAUACCAUAACCAUCUAAACAAAAAAUUCAGGGUUCUCACAGUUCAUCGGCAAGAUUCUACGCCGUUGCAUCUCUUCAUCGUUUCAAUGAGCGAAGGGGAAGAGAUUUCAGUGAAAAUCCACAGAAUCCGACUCCCGUUUUGAGCCCAAGUCCACUUCAAACUUCAAGUAUUUGCUCAGUUCAGUAGCGCGUCAUCAGUUUUCUUCAUUUAAUCUUCGAUUUGUGUGUAAAGCGCUGUCGACGGAUUAGGAGUGUUUCUAUUCAGAAUGAAGUUACCUGUCAUCCAGUGAAUUUAGACGACGGAUCAGGGCCAGCGCACAACGCUAUUGAGGUUAACAUACAUGCAGCUGAAGGAAAUGUGAUUUUGGAGCCAUAUGUGGGUAUGGAGUUUGAUUCCGAAGAUGCUGCCAGAAAAUUUUAUGCUGAAUAUGCCAGACAAAUGGGGUUUGUUGUACGAAUCAUGCAGCGACGUCGUUCUGGAAUUGAUGGAAGAACGCUAGCUCGGAGGCUUGGAUGUAACAAACAAGGUUUCUCUCCCAAUCAUAGAGGGAUUUAUGGAUUGGAUAAGAAAUCACGGCCUAGUGCACGUGAGGGCUGCAAGGCAACGAUUUUGGUAAAAAUGGAGAAGUCUGGAAAAUGGGUCGUUACUCGAUUUGUGAAGGAUCACAAUCAUCCCUUAGUUGUUUGCUCCAAUGGUUUCAACAGCUCGGGCGAUAAAGAUAAGAAGAUCGAGGAACUUAAAACGGAGUUGGAGCAUCAGGAGCAACUAUGCAUAGCUUAUAGGGAAAAGCUUUUCAAUUUUAUCUCCAAGGUGGAAGAACAAACAGAAGAACUGUCUUCAAAAAUACAAGUGAUCAUCAGCAAUCUCAGGCAAGUUGAAUCUGGAAUACAAAAACAUUAUCCAUGUCGUCGUCCACAAUAGUAAAUAGAGUUUAAAAUUUGAGUCUCAAUAAUCUUCUAUUUAGGAAUGUAUAGUAGCCAUUGAUGUGUUGAACUGAAGAUCAGAGUCUUGGACUCUAUUAUACUUGUUAGUUGCAAUCAAAGCGUUAUGAUUUAUGAGUUUCAUAGCGUUUUUCGGUUA